GUAGUGUGCUGGCUGCCUUUGAUUGUGGAAAGUUGAGCUGAGCAGCUGGAUGAGUUUACUGAUCCUGAUCUCUCCCUCAGAGGAACAAUAUUGAGGAAGUCCUGAUUCAAAGAAAGAUCAUUACUUUUUUCUCUCAGUAAAACUUCACCUGGUUCCACAGCCCUCCAGGUGAGGAGGUGUCUCCUGGGGUGGAUCACUCCUGAGUGGUCGGCUCUUACUUGUUCUUCAAGACUUUUCCAGACUUUGGUUCACAUUACCAGUCUGACCAGAACACGUGCCUCUAUCUUCACGCUCCCGCGUUUUAAAAGGCACAUAGGACACGAGGAGUCGCGAGGAGCCGCGCAGCCUGGCGUCAACAAAGAGUAACGAAACUUUCCCCGCAGUGGAGAGAGCAGUUCACAGCCUCGAUGGUCUUUAGGGGUUCUGAGCUGGUCAGAAAGCUCGUGGCAUGGCUGAUAAAGGCUCGGUUCUGACUUCAGUCAUCAUCUUCUACCUAUCCAUCGGAGCUGCUAUAUUCCAGAUCCUGGAGGAGCCCAGCUGGAAGGCUGCAGUGGAGGAGUACAAGCAGCAGAAAAACCUUCUCCUGCAGAAAUACCACUGCCUCAGCAAGCAGGACCUCGACAGCAUUAUUGAGGUUGUGGCUAAAGCAGCAGGUCAGGGUGUGACCAUCACAGGAGAAAACCAUUUCAACAACUGGUCAUGGCAGAAUGCUGUAAUCUUUGCUGCAACAAUCAUCACCACUAUCGGUUAUGGAAAUGUUUCUCCAAAGACGGUGGGAGGACGGGUGUUUUGUAUCCUGUUUGGGCUCUCCGGGAUCCCGCUCUGUCUCACCUGGAUCAGUGAGCUGGGCACAUUUUUUGGAAGCAGAGCAAAACGCCUUAGUCAAGUGCUGCUCCAUAAAGGUCUCAGCGUGAAAAAAGUCCAGUUUAUCUGCACAACUGUCUUCCUGCUAUGGGGUCUGCUGUUUCACCUGUUAAUCCCACCCUUCAUCUUUAUGGCCGUGGAGCAGUGGACAUACCUGGAGGGCCUUUACUUUUGCUUCAUCACUCUAACUACCGUCGGAUUCGGGGACUAUGUAGCAGGCGUGAACACAAACAUCCAGUACCAGGCACUGUAUCGUUUCUGCGUGGAGAUAUGGAUCUGCAUGGGCUUGGCCUGGCUGUCCCUGUUCUUCAGCUGGAACGUCCACAUGGUGGUGGAGGCCCACAAGGUGUUGAAGAAAAGGAGGCAGAUGCGCCAGAAGAUCUCUCCGUACAACAUAGACUACGUCCACAAAGGCCCCCUGCCCCAUGUCAACAGCAUUGUGGAUAUCUUCAAGUUCAUGUCUGAGAAGGGCGAGGACUACAGUGAUGUCAUCACAGCCAUCGGUAAAGCAGAAAAAAUGAAGAAGCAGCAGGAAGAGCUGACCCGCUCUAAAAGCUGCAGCGACCUUCUCAAAGAGUUGGUUGUACCACUGGAUCAAUCUCCUCGGCAAAAGCGACGGUUCAGUAUUGGGGACAACGUGUACAUGGUCAUCUCCCGAGCUAGGGGAUCCACCGGUAACCUGGAGGAAAAGCAUUCCCUUCCGGAACUAAAUAGAGAUCCAGAACUUGGAUUGGAAAAGACGGAAGCUUUCGAAAGACAGAGGCGCUGUUCAUGGAACUCCAAAGAAUCCUAUACCCCCCUUUUCCAGAACCCCAGGAUAAUGCUCAACUCUCAGGAGAGCUUAGCAAACCAGAAUGAAUCCAGAUUUUCUGUCAUCAAAGUGGAGGAGGCUAAUUUGCUAAAAAGUGGCAACGGCCCAGGGUGAAGAAGAUUCAGACCAGUGACUAAAAGGCUGUUAAUGAGUGGGUUUUCCUCACUGCUAAAAUAGCCAAAUUAGUUAUUCUAAGUUUUAGCUAAUUCCUUUAACCCUUAGAAAUCACAUUUAUCGCUGGCGAUAACAAGUGCAUGCUGUAGUUCUAUGGAAAUGAUUUUUGACUCAUAGUUUUACUUAAGCGAGAAGAAACUGUGUGAAAGUUUGAGACUAUAAGUGUUUUGUCCAUGCCACAUUAAUGUAUGUUGGUCUAUAGGGAAGUGCUUUGGUAUGAAUUUGAAAGCAUUAUAUUGCAGGUAAGAAAAUCAUCCUUGAUAUUUUUGCUGGAGUCAGAAGUACAGACUCAAACCGGUCCAUACAAAAAGAAAUUUAAUUGUAAAUGUAAUUUACUGCAUAGAUAUACAUAGUAUAGCAAUGCAAACAUCAUAGUUGAUGACUUUAUGUCUGAGGGUUAGUUAAGUAGAUAGGACAUAACAGUAGGUUACCAAAUAAAUACUAUUAUUUGUUUAUUGUUUUUAUAUGGUAUGGAGCCUGUUCUUAAACAAUGGGGUACUUGACAAACUGAUAUGGGACGGGGAUCUAGAGUGCGCAGUUUAAGUGUUUACACACUGUUGAUCAGGUUCUAGCUUCUAGUCACCAGCAGCGAGUACUAGUCCACAUGCUGUGAAAGCAGAGAGCCUUUUAGAGCAACACUGGAUUGAAAAACAGUUUUGAUGUUAACAGAGUUUUGGCAGAGCCAAAGAGGUUGUUUUGUAUAUCAGUCAAAUGUUCUUUUUCUGCUGAUAGGCAAAAGUCUGGUUUAUGAGAUAAGCCCUGUUUCAGUACUGGUUUCAGUGUGUCCUUGUUCAGAUGUCCUUACCAUUUCUUUGCAGCCAUAUGCAACCGUAAAAACUGUUCAGUAAUGAAUUAACUGAAGCAACAUUAGUUAAAUAGGAGGUAUGUUGACUUGAGCAUCUUAGAAAUCAUUGCAGUCUGACUCAUUUUCCUUUUCAGCAUUCAUUUUUUUCUGUUUCUUAAACAUAGUAAGAGAGUGUGUUUUAAUUAGUAUUUUUCUAAUGACUACCGUACAAUUCUCCGUACAAUUGCUAUACUAAAUGCUAAGAGCCACAAUAUGCAUGUCCACAUUAUUAGUGUGUACUAUUCACUGUAGAAGACAUGGAUGACUAUUCUAUAGAAAUGAAGGUGAAAUUAUCUGCCAUGUUGUCAAAUUGCCAUUAGUAAACUCAUUUGGUAAACCCACUCACUACAAAUCAUGUAAUUAAAAAUGGCACAAUAUAGGUCCUGAUGUUCUUUUUCAGUCAAGUCUGUCAAUCGCGCCAUUCCUAAGUCCUAAUCUUAUAAUAUAGCAUAUUAACAUUUUAAAAACUGAUUUGUGGGGGAAAUUAUAAAACUGUGGCAAUAAUAGUGUUGACAAAACUAACUGGGAAUUAGACACUGGAGAUAGAAAGACAGAUGAAAUGUUUAGAUUACGACAAUUAAAACAUAUGAGGAUGAGCUACACAUCAUCCUGUACCCAGCAAGGAGAGGUUCUAGACCUAAUGUGGUUUUACUUUUGCUUUGAAUUUUCUACAGUAAUUGUUCUGUACCUUUUAUAUUUAUAUCAUCCAUGUAUUCAUAUCCUCCAUCCUCUAGUUUUAAUCACAGAGAGACACUAUUUUUGCACUACAUGUCCUUAGUAUUUCCUUUCCAUGUGUAUUGAGAGUACAGAGAGCUGGUCAAUCUGUUCAGCCCACUCAAAUGAAUGUUUGAGUUACCCAUGUUUGAGUUUGCUGGCCAACGUGACUCAGCAUUCAGAUUCCCCCUCUGAGUCAAUAUGAACAUAGAUAUGUAAUACGAGUGCUAACUGGAAUUAGCAGUGCUGGGUAGAGUGGCAUAGUCUUAAAGGAGAGACACUCUCUUCUGGAAAAAGUCAGACUGAAUAAAAGUGACGUGCCUCAGAAAGUAUGAACUCAUUCUUGUAAAUAUCCUAUUUCAUGCUGUAAAUACAGCUGUGCAACUUCUCCUUUCUGAGUCAGAACUUUCAGCUGCCGUGAUUUAUCCUCUUGAAAAUCUGUGCUAUGCAAGGAAAGCCUAAGGCCAGAAACCUUGUUAUUUGACUGACCGAUGUAAUGCAGUAUUUGUGAUUUGUUUUACAUCCCAUGUGCCUUGAUUUGUAAUGUUAACUAAUAAUAUUAUCAACCUAAUAAAAAAACAAUACAUAAGGUU